AUUGAAAAGUGUAUCUCUGCAGAUCAUUCAUCGUCCAUGGCUUGAUCGUAACAGAUAACGCGUUGAUUAAAAGACUUUUAUAAUCACUUGGUGAUUGUAGUCGAGUCGCGAUUAUGUGCUGCACUAAAUUUGUGGUGUUUGUGUUAAAUUUUUGUUGUUGAAAUAUCCCGUUGUUAGUGCUGAAAAAAGUAGGUAGCUACUCCUAAAAAAUAUCGGAGGUCAAGAAAUCUACAUUGUGCUGGUGUGUUCGUGUUUCUCUUUGUGCAAUGAAGGUGACGGUGUUCGCGAUCGUGAGAUGCCAAAAAUAAAGCAAAAAUUUUUCAAAGCAGCGGAAACAAUGAAUGGUGGAAGUAUCGUGUAUGUAAGAGCUUUGCUGUUUUGACCUGCACACUAUAGAGAAAAAGCCAGCGAAAGAGCGAGCAAGAGUGGUGUGCAACAUUAAUGAUAUGAAACAAAAAAUAAUGACAUCAGCUUCAACAUUAUUCAUCGAUAUGAAAAAUUUGGUAUAAUGGAAUGUUAUACGCAAAUAACAGUACAUCAAUUUUGAUGUGUGGAAUGGAUUCGGUGGAAAAGCUGCAGUGCAAUACAGGAACCAAGUUAGGAAGCAAAUCAGCGAUGGACUGUGAAGUGGAGCCGGAGAAGGGCGAUCUUAGUCCGGAAAAUUCUAAGAAAAGUGAUAGUUCUCCACUGGGCACCCAGGAUGCGGGCUGUCCAACAGGGGAACAACAAUGUCUGGAUAAAAAGAAAAUGUUGCAAGGUAACUGUUGUUUUGAUAGUGCAACUGGAGAGGGUAGUGUGAACAAAAGUGUGUCGUUGCAUGAAAUUAAGCGAAAUGAGCGGAGUGCCAGUGAAGAUUUGGAAGUUCGGAACGCAUUAGCUUUUACGAUAGAUUUCGGCGAUGGACGUAAAUCAGUGGAUACUCAGCGGCAUGAAAAAAUGCUCGAGCGCUUCCAAAAUCGUCACAAAAGAGGUGUAUCGCUUUCCAAACUGGAAGGAGAUUCACAGGUCACAUCUACAGGAAAAAUGAAAACUCCCCAGAGUGUCAAUCUGCCUCGUAGAAAUAAAUAUAAUCCUUCGGAAAACUCGAACGCCGAAGUUAAGUUGCGUGAUAAAAGUAAAGCGAGGAAAGACUCCGCUAGUAAGAGACAUAGCUGGAGUCCCCGAACCAGUAUGACGGAAAGCGGUGCAAAGGAGCCUGUGAGACAGGUGAAAAGUUCUGGUAAAUUUGUACCCAAAUCGGCUGCAUUACAAAUCGCUUUCGAACACCAGAAUGCAAUGAAAGAUUCUUGUUCUAGCUCAGAGUUCAACGCUGAAAGCUUAGAUUCCUCGAUUGGAUUACUUUGUGUCGAACCUCCGCUGGAAAAUUUCAAGAACGAGGAUAACGACGACAGCGUUAGUGAAGCCGGUACAUACACCCUGGAUGGAGAUAAUUAUACCGAGGAACAGAAAGAGCGGAUGAAUAUAGACCGAAUGCCAACUAUUUCUCAAGAGUCCAAUGUGCUUUUCACAUCGGGACCUAGCAUAGUGCACCCUCCAAAGCGGCCAACUUGUUUUCAAGAUGAGUUAGAAGUUAUAGAUCUGGAGCGUCCGAGUUCCGGCAAAAUAAAUGAACGACGUAAAAAUAACAUUCUGGAGGUAGCUUUUUUUCAUGACCCAACUUCCGUACCUCCACUAAAAGCAAAACAAUCAUAUCUAGAAAAACUAAAGUCGAGAGUAAAAAAUAUUACUCACAAAUCCAAAUCCCCAGAAAAGCAUAUACCGGUGCAGCACAUGAAUUCACCGGACCAGGGUACUUUCACUUCGGUGACCACUAGUGGCAUAUUAAGUAUAAAGCCGACAUUGCAAAAUACGCCGCUCGUACUUAGACGGAACAGUCUGACAAAGUCGCACAUUGAUAGUUCAGAGUACGUCCAAGGUAUCUCAAAACUUAACAUUCACAAAAAUGAAGAAGAUAAAAUUCUGAACUGUUACACCGAUUCGGAAAAAGCGAAUGUAUUAUCCGACUACAAUGCACAUCACGACAACCAGCGGCACCAAACGAACUCGGAUGCUUCCGCCAUCAGUUCGGUCGUUAGCAAAAAAGACUGGAUCCAAGAAUGGGCUAAGAACGCACGAGAAUAUUCGAAAAAGCCAACGCCCACCAACUGCAGCAACGUAAACAUUGAUACUCAAAUGACGCGAAGUUUCAACAGCGAGAAUCGAAACCAGUUUGGGUACGAUUUUGAUAUCGACAUGACUAAGAGUGAUUAUUACGAUGCAAAAAAGUACGACGAGUUCGGAGAUAAUUUGGAUCGGCAGCAUUUGCAUCGGAAGCAGUUGGAGCGAUUGUUGAACCACACCAGCAGCAGCAGUAGCGACCCGUCGCUGAAGCAAGCUUGCGGUGCCGAGGCUGGCUUUAACGAAUUUACACGGCGUGGAAGCAUUCGGCAGUACACGGCACCGAACGCUGCCAAGCCACCCAUGAGUCCAAGCAAAAUUCCGUCACCGAUCGGUUCCGUUGGCCGAGCCAGAAGCGUCAGUCGGAACCGAAGUCUGCAGGGUAGCAACUCGGACUUGUCCACCAAUGAGACUGAAAUGUAUCUUCAAAAGACUGCUGCGGCUAUUUCAACGCUACAGAACCUGCACAGGCGGAAUUCGAUGCGUGCUUCUUCAGUGCAGAACUCUUCCCAGUCCAGUCCACUCAGUCCGGCGUCCCGUCGAAUAUCGCCGAAAAUAUCUCCGAUGAACUCGCUGCAGUCGCCAGUACACAAUUUUUAUCAGGAUAAGCAUCACAACGAAGGCCCAGCCUAUUCACCACAGCAUCAACAGAUACGUCACCUAAAGCAUCAGCAGCAACAGCAGAAUAUUUUGAACCACAAAAGGAAUCUCUCGCUUGACGAUUCAGAGUCAUACGUAAAUGCACUCUCGCAAGUUAAUUUCGGAAACCAAAUGAAUAACAGUUUCCAUACAGAUAACAUAAAUGCAAUAUUAGAUUUUAAGAAGCAACAUACACGGCACAAUUCGUUCGAAGGAAUGGCGGCUUUGCCACCUAAGCCUCUGAAAUGUUUUCAAAACUAUGACCAGCCAACUGCCUAUUAUACCACGAAGGGCAACGAUAAUCGCAACGAAAUGAAAUAUAACGUCGACGAUGAUGAUGACGACGAUGAAGACGAGCAACUGAUUGUCGUUACUUCAGGUUUUGAAAACUUGUCCGUAAACGCAAAGCAUAAUAACAUCCCAUUGGCCAAGCAAUUCUCAAAACCUCAAGCAAGCAGAAACCCUCCAUUGGUUUCGAAAACCCCACAAAGCGGUGCAAAUAGAACUUCGAUUAACAAACCAACGCCGGUUCAAAUGUCUUCUCCAAUCAAGAGGUCCAGCUCUUUUUCCGUGAAGGCAAUGAAACCAAUCACCCCAACCAUGACACCAAAGGUGGGCCUAAAAUCUGCCGGUGGAGGAACGAAAAUUCAGAAAUCAGCGAGCAGCACCAGCUUCAAAAAAAUAGUUGCCAAUUAUAACGAUGAUGAAGACGAGUUUUACAUAAACGACGACGACGAUCUGGAGUUAGGUCCAGAAUACUCUUCGAAUUCCGAGUUUAGCGACAAAGACGAUGAAACAGCUGAGGCGAACAAGGAACCGAUAACGAACACUCGAUACAACAAAACGUUCCUAAUGCGAAUGGAACAGAAUAAAAAGAUUGCGGCUGGCGUGAAGCAUGGUGUGGCGGCAUGCCCCAAUACGCCAGAGCUGCCCCGACGAUCGCUUCAGGUAGCAAGCGGUGCACGGGAACGCGCUUCAAUGCCGCGAGACUCGAGUUUAAGCCGCAUGAAACAGGACAUGCACAUAUCGCGCAAAUCUGUAAGUAAAGAAAUUACCUCAAGGGAAUCGACUCCCGCGGCCGGGAGUAAACAAAAAGUGCAGCCAAAAUAUCUGGAUAUUUCCAAGUAUAAAACACCCGGCGGGGGAAACUUCCUGAAGAAAGAUGAAUCCAAAAGUUAUCUGGUUAAGCCGGAAGUUAAGAAAAGUCCAAGCAGCGCAGCGGUUGCACUGACUCGUAACGAACCGAACCGAAUCAGCGCCAGGAGCGCCAGAUCUGCAACCCCAAAGGCACCAGCCACGGGUAAAAAAGAUACUCAACAAAAAGCAAAGGAACAGGAGCUGGAAAUGUGGCGACGACGAGCCAGCUACGAUCCGAUGAAAGCCGCCCUCGAAGGGAAGAAGAAACAGGAAGAAGCCCGCCGCCAAGCGCACCAACAAGGGGAACGUUUAAGUAAAUUCAAUGAAAGCUCAGUAUUAAGAUCGCAAUCGUACCAUAGUGGUGUCGGUGCUGGAACGGGACGGCUAUUUCAUCCAGGUAAUCCCGAUGACAGUAACAGUCAAGGCAGUCAGGUGAGCGAUCAGUGGACUGUCGAAUCGAGUGACGACUAUGAGGAUGAGUAGAACGUCACCACGCAUAUGAACGGACGAAGCAGGCGUAGCUUCUGGAAAUAUUUUACUAUCAUAACCUAGAUAUUUCUGAAUCGUGAAACUGAACGUCAAUCAUUGUUAAGGCGCAUUUCAUUUUGCCCCACAGGAUGCAAUAUAGGGUUAAUUGUUUUAUUCUUGUAACGGGAGAAGGGGUAAGGUAAUUAAGUUUCAACAUUACGUAUCAAUUAUUUUCCUAAGCUUUAUACAUAAUUAGUGAAAAUUUACGUUUUCUUCUACCAAAAGGCUUCACAAAUGAAAGCCAUUGUUGCAAAAACCGAUUUAAUCAGAAUAUGUUGCCUAGGAAAUUCUACAUUUUUUGUGCAAAGAAUGAAAUUUUUAAGAAAAAAUUAAACCUCCCAGCAAAGCGGUGGGAGAAGUUACAAUACAGUUUUGUAUACCAUUUUUACAUUGAUGAUUUUUGAUAGAUAGUGAGUAACAUUAUUUUGCAACCGAUUUAUGUUGUGUUGAUUCCACUUCAAGUUAUCAUGACGUAUUAAUAUAAAUGUUAUUCCGACGUUUAUUUGGUAUUUUGUUUUUGUAAGGUCCGUUAAGCAUUUUCAGUAGAAAAACGUACUUAUAACUCAACGUAGAAAACCUCCUAGAACAGACUAGUGAUGGCUAGCAUCUAGUUCCGGAGAAAGAAUCCCGAACAUUUCUUAUAAACCAGUAUAACCAUACCACCGUUGUAGACCAAACUGCGCCAAAUGCGUAAUAGUUUAUGGGAACUAAUCAGAUUAAUCACAAUAACUGACCCUUGGAUGUCCACGAGAAUGUAGUCAAAUUGUUUCGUCUGAAAGCGUAAGGCGUAUGGCGAGUAAGAAGUAAUUUUCCGAUAUACGAUGAAAAAAUGGAAGAUUUUCGGUAAUCAAUGAAAACAAUUGUUUCGUUUCCAUUAAUGCAAUUAUAACGCGUGAAUAUUUGUUUAUUAUUUGUCUCAGACAAGUGAGUAUAUACGUGAUGUUUCAAAACUAAAAGAGUAAUGCUCAUGAGAAACAUAACGUCCGAAAGCUCUUCACGUUUUAUGAAAGAAGAAAAAAUUGAUUUUUUCAAUUGCAAUAGAAGGUUUCUAUUUUGGAUGUCACGCGGGGGAUAAAACUAAAAGGAUUAUUUCUCUCAAUUAUUGUUUGAACAAAGUGGAAAGGAUGUCCCUGUGUGCCAAUGCUGAUGAUUGUCAACCGAUGAAGAGUGUAACGAGGUUCAAUAGUUCAAAACAUUCUGUGGGAUAAGCACUGCGAAACAGAUUACCUACGAAUGGCCGAGGUAACAAAUGGCAUUACCGGUCGCUAAAAGCAUGCUGUCCUUACUCGCUGUCGCUCGUUCGGACUUAACUGAGAAGUUUUGAAAUUCGCUCAUUUGACAAUUCGGCUAUUUGUUAUUCGGCUAUUUGGUACUAGUCUUGCAGAUCAAAGCAAAUAUUACAGAAUUUUUCAAUGCUGAGAAUUAAAAAUUUGUGCAAACAAUAUGAAUUAAAAUCAUUCAUUUUAAAGCAUAUGCUUAUUUAAAACCGAUUCUGCAUCCAAAGUUAUAUUGUCAAUAUUGCAAAGCAUUAACAUUCAAUUAUUGCGAUAUUGUAUCGACUACGUUCUCAAACAGAAAUAUUUAUAUUUAACAACUAUAAACAUUUUAUGUAUUUACAUUAAAACACAAUAAUCCAGCUUAGCUGCAAAUUGCUUGAUCGUGACGUUUUUCUAGUGAUAGAUUUUAAUUUUCGAGGACAAUCAACGUCUAGCUUUUGUAUUUUUGUUUGGAAAAGCUACGAAAUUGUAGGUUAAAAUCAUCUCAAUCACUAGCGUAAAGGACAUUUAAGCCGUACAGUGAAAUCGACGCUUGUAGUUUCUUGAAUAAUUGAAAAAUUUAGGAUUGCUUUGAUUUACUGCAGUAGAUUAAAAAAAAUAUAUUUAAAUGGCAUUACGAACUACAACAACAAACGACAUUGCUUGUCAAUUUGCUCUGCUUUGCGUAAUCGUUUUUUUUUUGGCCGGCCACUUAACGAAACGAAACCUCGACCGAUCGAAUUUUGUUAUGCACAAAAAUACUUCCGGACUAGACUUGUAGCUAUCGUUAAACAAAAUUUACUAUUUUGGCCACAAAAUAACCAAAAUAAAUUCUGUCCGAAGAAAAAAGGUUCCUCCAAUUGCGCUCAGUCCAAUUCAACAGCAAAACUUGUCGUUUUUUUGUUAUCAAAAUAACACACAACGUUGAGAGAUGGCUUUUUAUAAUGUGCUAUUUCGAUUUUACUAUGUUUUGCCUAUAAGCUUGUAACAUAUUUUAACUUGGUAUUAAACUGUGGUAUUGCUUGAUUUCUGUCCCAAUCCAGAACGUAUUUCCGUAGAAAAAUAUUCUCACAUCGAUGCAUUACUGUUAAAGUCGUAUUAGGUACCGCAAUGAAAGCUUAUUUUAAUUUGUUUUUUUUUGCCUGAAAUCGUUUGAACAUAUAUAGUCUCAAUCCGUAACUAUUUUUUUAUGUGCGAAUACUGCAUACUGAAAUAUAAGAGUGUAAAUUAUGCGAAGCUCUGUAUGCAAAUAUAAACUAAAAUAAUUAAAUAAACGAACUGACUAAGUUAAAUGGUAGAUUAGUAGGAUUUAAUUAUUUUAGCUGCAGAAAUUAUUUUUUUGUUACAAUACUGUCAAGUAGAUUAACUAAUUAUUAGGUGUAUAUGCAAAUAAGAUUUGUUUAUAUGAAUA